CAAUGGCGUCAGGGGAUGGCUGCGCCUCGUCUCAUUAAAGGGUGGUCUGCAAGUGCAGUGGUCAUGACGUGAAUAAUGCGUUAUGAGAGGGGUGUUUGCUGUUUUCGAAUGUACCGGAGAAUUUGUACAUAAGUUGUGUGAACUGACAAUUUCUUUUGUGAAAGCGGAGGAGACUUCCGGGCCAGAAGUUUCCUUUUGUGUGGCGUUUAUGGCACUAUGAACCUGGACUCGUUGUCUUUUGCUCUCAUCCACAUAAAUAAUCUAGUGGGUAAUCUCACAAAGAAAAACUUCAAGGCAUCUUGUCAAGAAAUAACGCAGGUGGUGGGUGCGUACGGACAGGAAGCCCAGACCCACUUGCUGCGCCGCCUGUGUUCGCACGUGCCGCUGGACGGUGCCGGCCGCGCCUCCGCCAAGGAGAAUCCGCAGCUGCAGCUGCUGCAGCGCCAGUGUGCCGGCCUCGUCACCCGGCCCAACUUCGUCCACGUGCUGUGUCAGCUGGCCGACCACCCUGCUGUGCGCCAGAAGAACCCGUCUGACACGCUUCUGCAGGAGCUCUGCCGGGCGCUGAAGCUCGGGAAGCCGGAGGAGGUCGCGUUCUCCAUCGCGCUCCUUCACUCCCGGAACUCGGACACCGUCCGGCACGCCGAGCAGUUUAUCCAGCAGAAGCUUCCCGAUCUCAUCAAGGACUACAUUGACUCAGCUGACUCGACUGGCGCGUCGGACCAGGACGGCCUGCAGGAGUCGUCGCCGGAGGUGCUGCAUCAACUUAUCUCCUGGCUCCUAUUCGCGCCGCCCGAUCAGCUCGAUAAGGCGGCGGACUCGCAGGAGAGCUUUCUGGAGGCGAUCCGGCAAGACUUCCCGCGUGACCGCGUGCCUGUCGUGCUCGCGCCGCUCAUCUUCGCCGAGAGUACCGACAUUCCUGUCGACAAGAUCCGCAGCCCGGGCAACAUGGCCUCCAACCUGCUGGACGGCUCGCUGGCCGACUUCGUGCUGGAGGUGGGCUACAACCUGUGCGCGUCGGUGGAGGAGUGCCGCCGCCACCUGGUGAACCACGGCGCCUCGGCGCUGACGGCGCCGGCGGUGGCGCGCUGCCUGGGCGCCAUGGUGCGCACCUACACCGGCCUGGCCGACCAGGUGCCCAUCCAGAGCCUGCAGCCGGCCGCCUCCAUCUGGGCGGCCGACAAGCCCAAGGACGGCCCGCAGACGUGGAACAUCGACGUGUUCGUACGCACCGUCUACGAGCUGGCGCCGUCGAUCCAGUGGAAGGAGGUGGUGUACCACCUGGACCACCCGGGCUUCCAGCUGAAGGACCGCACCGCCUUCUGCCUGCUGACCCAGGCGCUGAGGCUCGGUCUCCAGCUGCAGGGGGUUCGCGCCGACGCCUUCCCCGUGGAGGUGCUCUACCGGGUCUGGAAGAACGCGGACAGCCAGCUGUCGUAUAUCAAGCAGAUCCUCAAGUGCUGGGACGUGUUCUGUCUGGCCGACUACCAGUGCCACAUGGUGGACACGUCGCAGCUGAAGAUGCCGCCGGAGAAAGAGAGCCGCGAGGUCAACACGUGGCGGUGCACGGAGCUGAUGCAGCUGUUGCUGCACCUGGCCGAGAGUGGGCACUCGUGCGCCGUCCAGGAGCUGCUCAACUUCCCGCUGCAGAGCUGUCCCGACAUCCUGUCGCUGAACCUGCUGGCCACCGGCAGCACGUCUCACCUCGCCCAGGAGCUGCUCUCCACGCUGUUCCCCAUCUUCCUCACCGGCCACCACCCCAACAGCGGGGCGGUGCUGCACCAGGCCUGGCAUUCUCCGCAGAACGGCCCCGCCGUGCAGGCCAUGCUCGCGCACACCAUGGCAGAGUGGUACCGCCAGGGCGAGGGCGACCAGGCGCGCCUCUCGCGCGUCCUCGACGUGGCCCAGGACCUCAAGGCCCUGUCGUACCUGCUGAACCACCAGGCGCUGCCGUUCGUCAUCGAUCUGGCUUGCCUCGCCUCCCGCCGCGAGUACCUCAAGCUGGACAAGUGGGUGUCGGACAAGGCCAUGGAGCACGGCGAGCCGUUCAUCACCGCCUGCGUCAAGUUCCUGCAGCGUCGCGUGCCGCAGCUGUCAGCCGGCGCCGCCAAGGACUCCGAUCCGCCGGCGAAGGCGACGCUGCCGGCCGACAUGGCGGUGACGAUGCUGAGCGUGCUGCACCAGCGGGCGGCGGGCGUGGGUCCGGAGCUCAGCGACGCGCUGCUGGCCAUGGGUCCGUCCCCCAGUUGA